AUGCUUGGUUUUGCUUUGGGUUCACUCACUGCAACAAAUGAAAACAGCAUGAUUCCCAACAUUCCAGCAACUGUAGCAGCUGUUAAGAAUCCUACAUCAAAGAUCAUUUAUGAUGAGCAUAACCAUGAACGUUACCCUCCAGGCGAUCCCAGCAAAAGGGCGUUUGCUUAUUUUGUCUUGACAGGUGGCAGGUUUGUGUAUGCUUCCCUGAUCCGCCUCCUCGUCUUGAAGUUUGUACUCAGUAUGUCAGCCAGCAAGGAUGUUCUCGCACUAGCCUCUCUUGAGGUUGAUAUAUCCAGCAUUGAACCUGGUACCACUGUGACUGUUAAGUGGCGGGGAAAGCCAGUCUUCAUUAGGCGCCGAACAGAGGAGGAUAUCAAGCUAGCAAACAGUAUUGAUGUGGGUUCCCUCCGUGACCCUCAGGAAGAUGUGGCCAGAGUCAAGAAUCCGGAAUGGCUGAUUGUUAUUGGGGUCUGCACUCAUCUGGGUUGCAUCCCCUUGCCCAAUGCUGGUGAUUUUGGGGGGUGGUUUUGCCCCUGCCAUGGUUCUCAUUAUGACAUUUCUGGCAGGAUUCGGAAAGGCCCAGCACCGUACAAUCUGGAGGUACCUAGUUACACUUUCUUGGAUGAGAACAAGUUACUGAUCGGAUGA